AAGAAAUAUAAAGGAAGGUUGGAUAGUUGAUUCUUUGCUGAUUCUUUGUGUUGUAGCCGAGGAAAUUAUAACAAAAACAGAGGUUCUUUAUUAAGGUGAUAAUGAAUUAUCAGCUUUACAGGACGACCACGCUUGGCAACUGUCUUAGCGAGAGCCUAGAUGAGCUUAUUCAGUCCCAGCACAUAACACCUCAGCUGGCCUUAACAGUACUUCAAAAGUUUGACAAAGCUAUUAAUAUAUCUCUCAACAGUAAGACGAGGAGUAAAGUCAAUUUCAAGGGACACCUAAACACUUACCGCUUUUGUGAUAAUGUAUGGACAUUCGUACUGGAUGAUGUUGAGUUUCGAGAAGGCACAGAUGUCGUUAAAGUGGACAAAGUGAAAAUUGUUGCAGUUGAUGGAAAAAAUUCACAAACAACUGAUUGAAGUAGAAGGUGCAGGAUUUUAAAGAGAAAUCUUGUGUAUUGACAAACAUUUUUCAAGUGCUGUCAUUAUUAGUAGAGUAAAAUACUGUACUUUAAUAAUGGUGUAGAAAAAGUCUUGAAUCUUCUGCUCCUCCUUAGAGUGGGGCUAGGAAUAAAUCAUAUCUGAGUUUAAGAUAUUUUUGAAAUACUUGGUAUACCGACAUCAGAGGAACAACCAUGGUGUAUUUCACCAACAUGAAGUUUACAUUUAUUGCUUAGAAAAUGUGUUUUUUAAGAGUAGGGAUGACCGUUUCUAUCUGCUAAAAAAAAAAAAAACUAAUCAAGCACAAUAAUUUACAGCAACAUCAUUCUAUUUUUAAAACCAUAUUUAUAGAGAAUGAUCCUUCCUGUUUAUCCUAGAAGGCUGGUUAAUAUUCAGGGUUCCUUAAAUGAAAUAUUGUGAUGCUUUUAUAUAAAGGAAAAAAAUCCUGUGCCACUAUCAGAUUUAAAAGCAGGACCCUGGUAUUGGAGGGAAAACAUCUUAACCACUAAAACCCCGCACUCCUUGCAUCAUACGAACAUCAGCCGACGAUUCCAACUUUGUGAGCAUUGGAUGGAUCGUCAUUCAGGAGGGGGAAAAGGGUCCCCACUUGGUUAGGGAAAAAUCAAAUCUCCAGUGCUAUCAUUAUGUGCGAGGUGUUGUAUACUAUUGCAAUCAUAUGGGUUGCCCCGAAAGAGGGGGGAGGGGCAGGGGGUUAGUACCCCAGACAGGUGAACUGGUACCCCGGACAUCCUUUUAAAUAAUCAAUUAAUUAACACAAAAUUUUUAUUAACUUUUAAUUUAAAAAAAAUUCACCAACAAAUUUAGUUUUUCCCCAACUGGAGCUUGGACACUCUCAGCAUUAAAAACGAUCUGUUGCACGCACAUCGUUGCAUCUGGCAGGGAAGUAAGUGCCCGGCUUAUAGAACCUCAGAAGAGAAUAAAGUAUUGUAGAGACAAACAUUCAUUAAUGGAACAUAGAAAAUACUACAAACUUAUUUGCAACCUCAGAACACAAUGUUUGAGCAUGGAGUGGGGAGUCUACAAUAAACAUAAAGAUACUUGAAUGUAAAACGUUUAAUCUUUUUUUUUUUUUUAAUUAUCAUUUACUGAUAAUUUAUAAUUGUCAUCUACCUUCAGUACAAAAAUAAGUUAAUAUCAAUUUACAAAAUGUUACAUACACUGUUAAUAUUUGUCGUCUUGUCUGUGUGUCCUUUGUGUACCAAGAGAUAUGUAAAGCUUUCUUAAGGACCUCUUCAGGGCCCUUUAAUUAGCUGGGGUUGCUGGUAGGGAAAAUUUGACCUUUGUAAGGGUAUACUUUUAAAGAUUUUGAUAUACAUGAUUUAUAAAAAUAUAUUGCAAAAGUCUAUCACCAUUUGGCUUAAAUAAGGGCCUAAUUUGGUUUGAAAUAGGUUGUUAAGGUCACACUAAAAAAACUUAACAAUGUUCAGGACAUCCGGCCGCGAGUCAUUUACAGUUCUUAGGCAUUAUGCCAAUGGUCUGCUGAGCUAAAGAAAUAUAUACAUACAUUAUUAUUGUAAAAGUACCCUGAUAUAUUAUGGCUUAUACAGUAUUCCAUAUUUCUUGUAAAAAGUCAGAAAAUCAUCACUAUUUAUUUUCAUUCCAUGCAGCAUUGGAAUUUAGUAGCUAAUUUGAUAUUUUAAAUGAACUAUUCAAUUUUGUAAUUGAAUUGCAAAAUUUGCAAGUGUUAAGCAAACAGUAUUUUUUAGCAUACUAUCCCUUCCGCAACUCAUUUUAUGUGGGAUAACAGAUGUACUGUAAUGUGAAGCGUAUAAAAGCCACAACAUAUUACCCCAGUACUGUAUAAUAUAAUACAACUUCAUUACUUCAAGUUUAUUAUUAUUGAGAUCAUGAGAAACACUAUACAGUAUGCUAAUAAAUAUACAAUAAUUUGAACAUGUGAAUUAGUUCAAACCAAAUGGUCAAAAGAUAAAUUAAUAAAAAUGCAGACAAUCGAGUAUU